CACCUCUAUAGCGAUUUUACCUCACCUCAUUCGUUUGUUUGGUGUAUGAGGGAUGCCUCCUAAAAGGAAAGCGGCGCUGGCCUCCCGACUGGUAAAGGGUCCAAAAGCCAGUAGGACGGGGGUUAGAAGAAAUGUGGUUGGAACAGACCUUGAGGCGCCAAUUGGCACACGACUGAUCAGCGGAGACGGAGUACCCCAAAACACAGCAGAUUCAGAGUGGAUCAACUCAUCGGAUACACAUCUGUUUACCGACGCGUCAGGUAACCAUGGUUUCGGAGCCUUUUUCAUGGGUAGAUGGGCGAAUGGCAGAUGGCCUAACGAGUGGGUGCAGAAUGGAUGGACUAAGGACAUCACUAUGCUGAAGCUUUUUCCAAUUGUAUUGGCAGUAAGACUGUGGGGCAGACAUCUACGAAACAAGCGAGUGUUGUUUGUUUGUGACAACCAAGCAGUGGUAGCAAUUAUCAAUAAACAAACAGCAAAACCACCCCGAGUUAUGUCGUUGCUUAGGCGCCUGAUUCUCCUCUGUUUACAACAUAAUAUCUUGUUCAAAGCAUCAUAUAUUCCUACGCAUGCAAACGUUAUAGCUGAUGCACUUUCGAGAUUUCAGUGGUCCAGGAUCAAGGAAGCAGCGCCGCGAUCAGACGAGAUACCACAGGAUAUAUGGCAGAUCUGACGACAGAGGUGCAACGUCUAGUGCAGUCUUCUCUAGCACUAAACACAUGGAACCUGUAGGAGUCUGCACAAAAGGCAUUUAAUGUUUUCCGCAUCUCUUUCAGCCUGCCACACAUUUGGCCCGCCCCGGUUGAUCACCUUAUGCAUUUUAUCGCUCAUCUCUCCUUAACAGGAAAAUCUCCUCGCACGGCAAAGUCGUAUAUAUCGGCAUUAACAACAUGGCAAAAGUUACAUGGUAUGCAUGACCUAACAUCCCAUUUUCUUAUUCAGAAAGCCUUGAUUGGAUUUGUCAGACAGAAACAGAAGGCUGACACUCGACUCCCAAUUACAAUUGACUUAUUGUCUGUUAUUGUCACAGCAUUACCGGUAGUUUGUGCUUCAACUUACGAAACGUCUCUUUUCACAGCUGCAUACCUGCUUGCAUUUUUUGAAUUUCUUAGAAUCAGUGAGCUGGUGGCAGGGUCAGCCAAGGAUUUCUCGUAUAAGGCGUGUCUUUUGUCUGAUAUUCAUGUGUCAGCAGAUAUAAGUCAUAUAACGAUAUGUUUACGCUCAUCCUAAACGGAUCUGGGCCUAGAUUUUCGAAACGAUCCUAGCCCUAAGAUUAUCGUAAAGUUAUCGUAAGGAAAUCGUAGGCUAUCGUAGCCUAUUUUCGAAACUAUCA